GGUCUCUCUGGAAGAUAACUUGUUUUAAUGGCUAUUUGUUUUCUCUUGUUUUUCAGAUGAGUUUCACAUUUACUCAACUUCAAGACAGAGAGGUUAUUUUGGACAAAAUAUCGUUCUUCUUGUACAAACAGCCAAGUAUCAAAGAUGCAGGAGACAAUGGAACCACUGAAAGCAACCAACCGAAAGAAGCUAAUGGCAACUUCCCAAUUCAACCUGCUCUAAUUAGCCUGUUUAACCGAAGAGAUUCAGAUGAACUGACCAAUAAAGAAUCCAUAAAACAGCAUCUGUGGGGUAUACACUUUUCUGAAUAUGGAAAAGGAGUAUGUAUGUAUCGCACACACAAAACCCGAGAACUUAUUCUGAAAGGUAUUCCUGAUAACUUACGGGGAGAAAUUUGGAUGACAUUUUCUGGUGCUGUCAAUGAAAUGAUUACAAACCCUGGUUACUAUGCCAACAUGGUACAACAGAGUGCAGGCAAAAAUAACAUUGCCACAGAUGAAAUUGAAAGAGAUUUACACAGAUCAUUACCCGAACAUCCAGCUUUUCAAACAGAUUUGGGAAUUGAUGCCCUCCGCCGAGUCUUAACUGCAUAUGCCUGGAGGAACCCUACUAUUGGAUAUUGCCAAGCAAUGAAUAUUGUCACCAGUGUCCUGUUACUCUAUGCCAACGAAGAAGAGGCAUUUUGGCUUCUCACCUCUCUCUGUGAACGACUGCUGCCUAAUUAUUACAAUACCAAAGUUGUUGGUGCUUUGGUAGAUCAAGGUGUUUUAGAGGAACUUUUGAAAGAAAAUCUUCCUGAACUUCACCAACGUUUAGAUCACAUGGGAAUUCUUGGUAUGAUCUCCCUAGCCUGGUUCCUCACUUUGUUCCUCAGUGUAAUGCCAUUUAACUGUGCUGUGAAUAUCUUGGACUGCUUCUUCUAUGAUGGUGCUAAGGUCAUUUUCCAAAUUGCUUUGACAAUCUUAGAAAACAAAAGUGAAGAAUUACUAAGCUGUCAUGAAGAUGGUGAAGCAAUGACAGUUCUGACCAAUUAUCUGGAGAAUGUCACCAGCCAUGACUCCACAAUGCCUGUUGUACUACACACUUCUUCAAUGCCAUCAACACCACAAAAGCCGUCAGUUGAUGUAGCAGACCUUAUAGAUGAGAGUUACAGAUGUUAUAGUCACAUAACAAAUCAAGAUAUUGAAAAACUGCGGCUGAAAUAUCGCCUGAAAGUAGUCCAAAACAUUGAGGACAGUACAAUGAAGAAUAUUCUUCGCAGUGUAGCAUCAGAGACAGUGUUUGAAGGGAAGGAACUUGAAGACUUAUACAUCUUGUUUCGAGAGGAGUAUUUAACAUCAUGUUACUGGCGGACCAGUCAACAACCAGUGGAUACCAUUGAUAAAUUUGACCCAUCACGUCCAUACUAUGAGCAGUAUAAAGUAGACUUUGAUCAGUUUAAGACCAUGUUUUUUUCCCUUUGUCCAUGGGCUACCGGAAACCAUGCAGAAAAUCUGACUCUGAGGGCAUUCAGGUUUUUGGAUGAAAAUAAAGACUAUAUGAUUAACUUCAAGGAAUUUGUCUGGAUUCUGGGCAUUGUUUGCAAAGGUGAACUGGCUAGUCGUCUUAAACUACUUUAUCAACUACAUCAACCGCCUGCCCUCCUUGGCUCGGAAUCUUUGGAGAUUGAAACACCUAAGUCAACAUUAUCUGACUCGACUGAGAGCGCGGUUGAGGCGACAUACUUCUUUGAAGAGGAAGAGGAGGAGGAGGAGGAGGAAAGAGAUUCCAGCAAAGAUGGUAAGACAGAAUACACUGCCCUAUGUUGUACGACACUGUACAACACUGCAUCAUUGUGCACAUUAUUGCACUGUAGCAUACUGCAUGUCACUGUAUAGUAAUUCACUUUACUG